AUGGACAGGACCGUUUAUUUCCCUAAAACCGUUGUGGACAUCGAUGGGUCCACCGUCAACGUUUAUGAACUUGCUAAACGUUACGUUUUGAUUUUUAUUACGUUGAAGGCAACUUGGUGCCCUGUUUGCCCUCAACUUUUGUAUAUAUUAAACCUUCAUGGGUUGCAUGAUGACCCACCUUCUUCGUUUCGCGACGCUUUUGAUAGAACAAUUAUAACUGUACCUCAAGAAGAAAUCGCUACAAGAUGCUUUUUUCAUCAUAAUUUGUCCGGGCCCUGUUGGGGAAGUUUUGCAAAUACGAAGGAAUUGCAAUUUUUCAAACUUUUCAUAUCAUUUCAUCGUAGAUGA